CUAACACGGGCCUAUUCUAACUCGUUCGGCAAGAAGCCCACUCGAUAUUAAUUGAAAUCCUCGCACGCUCUAUGAGAUUCUUCUCGAGCGAAAACGGAACCGUCAAUCAACAGACGGCCUAGAUGGAUCCACCACCACCGCCGUCUCCCUUCCUCCUCCUCCUCUUCUUUCUUCUCCUCCUCUCCCCGGCCACCGCUUCACCAGCUUUCUCCUUCCCGUCAUCCUACACUUCUUACAAAACCGCCGUCUCGCUGUCCCACUCCCUCCUCAGCCGCGUCUCCAACCUACGCGCCGCCCGCGGCGACGUCUCCGGCGCGAACCGGGCCAGGCUGAUGGCGGAGAAGCUGGAGCGUGGACUUGAAUCUGGAGUCUGGGGGUUCGCGUGGUCGGUUGGGUGGGACUAUGUGAGCAACUACGCGUGGAGGGAUUUGGAGUACAGGGAGCUGCUGGGCGCCAUUUCGGAUCUGAACGACUUGAUUUCGGUUCUGGGCGGGCUGACCUCGGCCAGAUCGGACGCGGAGAGGGUGGCUUGGGCGGCGCAAAAUUACGGCAACUUGGCGAAGACUGCGAAAUCGGCGCUGCGGAGGAUGUUGAACACUUUCAACAAGAAGGGGGCGUUGAAGGAAGCGUUGGAGACGGUGCAGAAGGAGGUGGUGCAGGGUGGAUUGCUGAGGGACUGUGUUGAAGUUGGGAGCAACGAUUUGCGAGGAUUGAUGGAGAUUCUCAAGGAUUGGGCUUCCCGGUUGUAUUUUUCUCCCGGUGACGCCGGCGACUCGGAACUUUGAACAGACUAUCGCCGUCAUUACCUUUGUCACAAAAUCCGUAAUUGGGGUUUCUUUUCAUACACGUUUCGAAUUCGAAUACCAGCCCUCUACUUUGUAUAAUGGGUUUUUUUUUCUUUUUGUAUAAUUAGCAGAUGCGGGGGUCUUGAGAUUAUGUCAGGUUGUUAGUCACUAUUGAUUAAGGCGUAAGCUUGAACUGGAAGACUCACUGAUCCGUUUUUUCUUUAACGGUUUGUUUGGAUACAGUUCAAAAAGAAAUGGAAAUGUAAUUCUAUUUUCAUUUUCUAUUUUUAUAGAAUUCUAUUUCCAAUUUUAGUGUUUGAUAUAAUUCCUACAACUAUAAAAAUGAAUUGCACUUUUAACA